AUGUCUAGAGUUUCUGUACGAUCUGUGGGAACUGCUCAUCAACAGCACACCCUUCAAAGGCAGGAGCAACAUCAUGGUGGCAUAUGCUGCAGCAAUGAACCCAAGUUGAUGACGUUCCUGCAGAAAUUACACCUCUCCUGCAGUCUUGUUGAGCAGAACCGUGCAGAUCAACGUGCAAAUCACCUAUUUUUCCAAAAACUUCCCCCACAAAUUCUCCCAGUUGGACAAGCCAUCGUUAAUUUCACAAAGUUUGUUGGAGGUCUGAAGAAACGAAGAAAGAGCCAAGGAGUCCGUGUUUCAGAAUCCUGCAAUGUUUUGGUGGCUGUCUAG